AUGUCUUCUCAAUCAUCUCCAAUUUCUUUAACAAACAAUGAUUUAGAAAUAUCAAGUAAUAACAAUAAACCAAUAAUAAAACAAUUACCAGUUCCUACAAAUGAAAUUGAAAAACCAGUUAUUCAAAAUAUAGUAGCAACAGUAGAACUUGAUUGUACAAUUAAUUUACAAGAUGUUGUUCGUCGAGUUAGAAAUGCAGAAUAUAACCCUAAAAGAUUUGGAGCAUUAAUAAUAAGAAUUACAAAUCCAAAAACAACAGCACUUGUUUUUCAUUCAGGAAAAUUAGUUGUUACAGGAGGAAAAACAGUUGAUGACUCAAGAUUAGCAGGAAGAAAAUAUGCAAGAAUUUUACAAAGACUUGGAUAUAAUGUUAAAUUUAAUCAUUUUAAAAUACAAAAUGUAGUUGCAUCAUGUGAUAUGAAAUUUGCUAUUUCACUUAAAGAAUUAAUUCAACUUGCUCCAAAAAUUACUAAAUAUGAACCAGAAAUAUUUCCAGGUGUUGUAUAUCGUUUAGCUGACCCUAAAAUGGUAUUAUUAAUUUUUGCAUCAGGAAAAAUAGUAUUUACAGGAGGGAAAGAAAUAGAACAAAUUAAUAAAGCAUUUAGUGAGAUAUACAAAAUAUUACUUCAAGUUGCAAACAAUGAUAAUUAA